AUGGAGGAAGAAGUCGCUGCCCUCGUUAUCGACAAUGGAUCCGGUAUGUGCAAGGCCGGUUUCGCUGGCGAUGAUGCUCCGCGAGCUGUCUUCCCUUCGAUUGUCGGCCGUCCUCGCCAUCAUGGUAUUAUGAUUGGUAUGGGCCAGAAGGACUCCUACGUUGGUGAUGAAGCACAAUCCAAGCGUGGUAUCCUUACCCUUAGAUACCCCAUUGAGCACGGUGUCGUCACGAACUGGGAUGAUAUGGAAAAGAUCUGGCAUCACACCUUCUACAACGAACUCCGUGUCGCUCCUGAGGAACACCCUGUUCUGUUGACCGAGGCUCCUAUCAAUCCCAAAUCGAACCGUGAGAAGAUGACCCAGAUCGUCUUCGAAACUUUCAACGCCCCUGCCUUCUACGUCUCCAUCCAGGCCGUCCUUUCUCUUUACGCCUCCGGUCGUACCACUGGUAUCGUUCUCGACUCCGGUGAUGGUGUGACCCACGUCGUUCCAAUCUACGAGGGUUUCGCUCUUCCGCACGCUAUUUCUCGUAUCGACAUGGCUGGCCGUGAUUUGACUAACUACCUCAUGAAGAUCCUGGCUGAGCGUGGUUAUUCUUUCUCCACCACUGCUGAGCGUGAAAUCGUCCGCGAUAUCAAGGAGAAGCUCUGCUAUGUCGCCCUCGACUUCCAACAGGAGAUACAGACUGCCUCUCAAUCCUCCAGCUUGGAGAAGUCCUACGAGCUCCCUGACGGCCAGGUCAUCACCAUUGGCAACGAGCGAUUCCGCGCUCCAGAGGCCCUCUUCCAGCCCAGUGUCCUGGGCCUUGAAAGCGGCGGCAUCCACGCCACUACGUACAACGCCAUCAUGAAGUGCGACGUUGAUGUCCGAAAGGAUCUCUACGGCAACAUCGUCAUGUCUGGCGGCACCACCAUGUACCCCGGUAUCUCUGACCGUAUGCAGAAGGAGAUUACCGCUCUCGCACCCUCGUCGAUGAAGGUUAAGAUUAUUGCCCCGCCUGAACGUAAAUACUCCGUCUGGAUCGGUGGUUCCAUCCUGGCCUCCCUCUCGACCUUCCAGCAAAUGUGGAUCUCGAAGCAGGAGUACGACGAGUCCGGACCUUCCAUCGUCCACCGCAAGUGCUUCUAA